UACUCCAAUAACCACAGCUGAUUAAGAAAUAAUAAGCUCCCAGAUGUAAUACGUAAAUGUUUGAAACGCGAGGUCUGUUACCAGGGGGUUCGGGUGGGAGGGUCGAGGGAGGGAUUUAUAUGAAGUCUGGGGUAUUCCAGAACGGACUCUAAUUGGCACACCUCACACACAACCCUACUAUCAUCCAUCCUAGGCUACCACAGGCGAAUUAGUCAACGCAAUUUGGAAAUAAAACUACACGCGGGCUUUACAAAGGCUGCGGCUGAAGCAUCCUUCUCUUAUCUCAGCCCGUUGUUUUGGAGUACAUUUUUCUUCUUCUGCCUUACGCUUCGACUUACCGGCAUUUGUCUUAUUAUGAUAGCAUCCCUGAUUCUGGAAGCAGUUCAAGGCUUGCUAUUUGGAUGCACGGGAGAAGAAGACAGGGCAGCUGCCCUUCGAGAAUGUUUAGUACUAAAAUACCAGCUGGUGACGACAACGUUUUGAACCGCUACAUUGCUUUUCACGAACACCUGUCGUUUACACUGUAGCCUAUUAAUUUAUGAGGAUCUGAACAGACUGCAUCAUCUAUCUAAAUGAACAAAUUCAGCCAUGCAAUGUUCCUGGAAGGCUGUGAUUCUGCUAGCCUUAGUGUCCAUAGCGAUCCAGUACACGGCCAUCCGGACCUUUACUGCCAAGCCAUUCCAAAUGUGUCCGGUGACAGUAUCCAACCCCCUGAACUGUGGCAUGCUGGGGCAGGAUGCAGUGGACUCCUCAUUGGACCAGCGCAUCUGUGACGACUUCCUCUACUUCACCUCCAACGCCUCCAGGAGGACCCACGUCCUCAUCCUGGCCACGACCCGCAGCGGUAGCUCCUUCUUUGGCCAGCUGUUCAACCAGCACCAGGAUGUGUUUUAUCUGUUUGAGCCCCUCUACCACGUCCAGAUCACCCUGCUCCCCCGGUUGUCCCACAGCAGGACAGCAGGGGACACCAGGGUGAUGCUGGGGGCCAGCCGGGACCUUCUGCGUAGCCUCUACGACUGUGACCUGUACUUCCUGGAGAGCUACAUAAAACCCCAGCCGGCCAACCACACUACAGUCAAUUUGUUCCGGAGGGGGGCGAGCAAGGCUCUGUGCUCCCUGCCUGUGUGCGACGCAUUCAGCCCCGGGGAGCCGAACGUCGACGAAGGGGAGUGCGUACGGAGGUGUGGGGUUCUCAACAUGACGCUGGCGUCGGACUCCUGCCGCGAGCGACGCCAUGUCGCGAUCAAGACCGUGCGGAUACCGGAGGUGAACGACCUCAGGGCCCUGGUAGAGGACCCCAGGCUCAACCUGAAGGUGAUCCAGCUGGUCAGGGACCCCCGAGGGAUCUUGGCCUCCCGCAUCGAGACGUUCCGGGAUACUUACAGACUCUGGAGGAUCUGGAGGGCAACUGGAAGGAGGCCCUAUAACCUGGACCUCAGUCAGCUCACCACCAUCUGUGAGGACUUCCUGGGCUCUGUUACCACGGGCCUCAGCAGGCCCCCCUGGCUCAAAGGGAGGUAUAUGCUGGUCAGGUAUGAGGACCUGGCUAGGAACCCCCUCCAGAAGACGCAGGAGAUCUACAGCUACUUGGGUCUGAUCAUGGACAAGAAUGUAGGUGACUGGAUCCAGAACAACACCAGAGGAAGCAACGACCUGUCGGCCAAGCAUAAAUACGGCACGGUUCGGGACUCCGCGGCCAAUGCCGAAAGCUGGAGACUCAAAUUGUCUUAUGACAUGGUUGAUUACACACAGUCUGUGUGUCAGCAAGUUCUACAGGAGCUGGGUUAUAAGACUGUCCGCUCCCAUGACGAGCUGAAAAACCUCUCCCUGACUCUCAUCGAAGACAAAACCUUUUUACCUUUUUUGUAGUAAGGCAAGGUCUAUUACAAUGCACAAAUAUUUUUGAUAUAUUUAUAAUGUUGCCUUAAUUCCGUCCCAUAUUUGCACUAAACCUCAGAAACCCGGUGGACUCCUGUGGUAAGACUUCAGACAGAAUAGUUACAAGAAGCAACAUUUGAGAUUGCCGUUCUGAAUUCGGUAUCCAAGUUUUAUCGACAUCGAAGAGAAACUGUGAUGCUAGAUUUAUUGAAACGAACAACCUACAGCGAAGCGCCAUUCUACGUGAUAUCCCUGAAUGCUGGCAGUUGCAUUGACAAAAAUGAAUGUUGAUAUUUGUAUAUGAAGUGAAGUGGACCUACUGUACAAUGUUGUUAGGGAAUGUGUCUAGUCAUCUUUUACGGAUACAUGCUGAGGUGUAGGCCUGAUAUAACAACCGUGCAAUAAAAAUGUGAACGUUGCAGUCGACCUUAACUGUGCUGUUUAACUGUUACUAAGAGUUAAUUAAGUAGAGCUAAGGAGUGGCCCUUUAAGUUGUGUUAAAUUGAAUCUUGUCAAAUCCACUAUCACCAAAGGGUAAUGAGUGCAAGACAACAGUGAUUGGACUGUGAGCGUGUUCUUAAUGACACCCUACAGUAAAUUCCCCUGUAGUGCACUUCUUUUGAAAAGGGCCCAUAAGACUGGUCCAAAGUAGUGUACCCUACAGAGAACAGGCUUCCAUUAGGGACACGUCAGAGUUUGUCUCCGUUGACCAAAUGUCAGUGAGGUUUAGGAGAAGUGUUGUCUUCCAGGCCAUCUAUUGACACUGUGGAGCAGGCAGGCUUUAGGAGACAGCUGCAGUGGCUGAUUAGUCUCAUACUUUGCUGAUGAGGAAGUAAACUAGCUGCGGUCGUCGCAACAUCAUCAGGAUUUCUUAUCUCUGGAAGGAAUAUCACAGAAUAAAUGUGUCUGUUUAUUUGUAUUUUUACAGCAGUGUAUAGUGUUGCUUGAUGAAACAGGGAUACGUAUGGGCUUGGAACUGACUAUUUAAAAAGUUAUUUAGAAAAUUAUAUUAAAUAUUAAUGGGUGUUGAUACAAUUUUAUUAGUUACCCCUAAAUGACCCUGUUUAGAAAUGUGUGGGUCUGGGAACUAAUUCUGUCAUGCACAUGGGCUCAAAUUGGCAUCAGUUCAGAAGACCUGUUCUACUUUGAAAUGAAAACCCAUCCUUUAUCAGGCCAUAUCGACUUUUAGAUCUUUUUGGGAAACAACUAGAGUUAUCGACAGCACUAGUAUAAUUUAUUUUUGUGUUGCCUACAUUUUUUCAAUGUAUUUUUAUAUUUAUGUUGGCUAUUUACUCCUCUGUUGUUUGGCCAAUCAAUCAAAUGUAUUUUAUAAGCCUUCAUCAUCUGGUAGCUAGGAACGACAAAUGUGUAUAAUACAAUACACUAAGUAAAAUGCAUUUUUGUGGAUCAAGUUUUGAUUGAGAAGUGUUAUUUGAACAGAAUUGAAUCUAAUGCAGUAUUCUCUAUAACCCAAUCCUGACAAUACUAGAGCAAUUACUUUGGGAAUGUUGGAAUGAGAUCAUAUGGCCAAUCAGAUUACUAUUCUGCUAAAUUAA